UCCCAGUACACCCUCAAACCACCCAAAUGUACACUGGUUUCGGAUCAUAAACCCCUGAAAUAUCCUGAAUUCUCCCCUGAGAGUAUCCCGGGGCAAGUGGUUUCGCCGGCAUAGUGUCAGCGGAGUAAUACCAGGAGGGAGGGUGUAGUGGGUGUAGUGUCGGCCAUAUUGGACAGUGUCUAUGUGGAGGCGUCAGGACCUGGAUGGCUCGCGGCGCCUCUUAAAAGUUCCUUAACCACAGUACUCUUCGGCGCCCCAUCUCAUGCAACACGUCGCCAACAUGUCGCAGGUGUUGCCCAUACGCUUCCAGGAGCACUUGCAGCUCACCAAUGUUGGAAUCCAGGCAUCCAACAUUGGGUUCAACACCCUCACUAUGGAGUCGGACAAGUUCAUCUGUGUCCGAGAGAAGGUGGGUGACACGGCACAGGUGGUCAUCAUUGAUAUGGCUGAUCCCACCAACCCUAUUCGCCGGCCCAUCUCGGGUGAUUCUGCAAUCAUGAACCCGGCCUCCAAGGUCAUCGCACUGAAAGGUACUCAGAAGACACUGCAGAUCUUCAACAUUGAGAUGAAAACAAAAAUCAAAGCUCACACUAUGGACACAGAGAUCACUUUCUGGAAAUGGAUCUCCUCCAACAAACUUGCCCUUGUGACUGACACUGCAGUCUACCACUGGAGCAUGGAUGGUGAUGCUCAACCACAGAAGAUGUUUGACAGACACAGCAGCUUAAGUGGCUGUCAGAUCAUCAACUACCGCACAGACUCCAAACAGAACUGGCUGCUGCUCAUCGGUAUCUCAGCGCAGCAGAACAGAGUGGUGGGUUUUAUGCAGCUCUACAGCAUGGAACGCAAGGCCAGCCAGCCCAUUGAAGGCCAUGCUGCAGGCUUUACUACGUUCAAGAUGGAAGGCAAUGCAGAACCCUCCACACUGUUCUGUUUUGCUGUGCGUAAUGCCCAGGGGGGAAAGCUGCACAUUAUUGAGGUGGGUCAGCCAGCUGCUGGCAACCAGCCCUUCACCAAGAAAAACGUAGAUGUGUUCUUCCCACCUGAGGCCCAAAAUGACUUCCCCGUGGCCAUGCAGGUAAGUUCAAAGCAUGAUGUCAUAUACCUCAUCACCAAGUAUGGGUACGUACAUCUGUACGACAUUGAGAGUGGUACCUGCAUCUUCAUGAACCGCAUCAGUGGAGACACCAUUUUCGUCACUGCCCCCCACGAGCCAUCCAGUGGCAUCAUUGGUGUCAACCGCAAAGGACAGGUGCUGAGUGUGAGUGUGGAUGAGGAGAACAUCAUCACCUAUAUCACCAAUGUGCUGCAGAACCCUGAUCUUGCUCUGCGCAUUGCAACAAGGAACAAUCUGGCUGGUGCUGAAGAUCUGUUUGUUCGAAAAUUCAACACACUCUUCCAGAAUGGACAGUACAGUGAGGCAGCAAAGGUAGCUGCCAAUGCUCCCAAGGGUGUGCUGCGAACACCACAAACUAUCCAGAAAUUCCAGCAAGUGCCAACACAGCCUGGACAAACCUCUCCUCUCCUCCAGUAUUUUGGCAUCCUCCUCGACCAGUCACAACUUAACAAAUUUGAGUCCCUGGAACUCUGUAGGCCAGUCUUGGCACAGGGACGUAAGAAUUUGCUAGAGAAGUGGCUAAAAGAAGACAAGCUUGAGUGUUCCGAAGAGCUUGGUGACUUGGUGAAGCAGGCUGACCCAACACUGGCCCUGUCUGUGUAUCUGAGGGCAAAUGUUCCAAAUAAGGUCAUUCAGUGCUUUGCAGAAACUGGACAGUUUCAGAAAAUUGUUUUGUAUGCCAAGAAGGUGGGAUACACCCCGGACUAUAUCUUCUUGUUGAGGAAUGUGAUGCGUGUCAAUGCCGACCAGGGACUGGCCUUCGCUCAAAUGCUGGUGCAGGAUGACGAGCCCAUGGCUGACGUCAAUCAGAUUGUGGACAUCUUCCUGGAGUCCAACCUCAUCCAGCAGUGCACUGCCUUCCUGUUGGAUGCCCUCAAGAACAACCGUCCCACUGAGGGCCCCCUUCAGACCCGGCUCCUGGAGAUGAACCUUAUGUCUGCCCCGCAGGUGGCUGAUGCCAUCUUGGGUAACCAGAUGUUCACCCACUAUGACCGUGCCCACAUUGCCCAGCUGUGUGAAAAGGCAGGGCUGCUGCAACGAGCCCUAGAGCACUACACCGACAUGUAUGACAUCAAGAGGGCAGUGGUGCACACACAGAUGCUCAACCCAGAGUGGCUUGUCAAUUACUUUGGCUCCUUGUCAGUGGAGGACUCCCUGGAGUGCCUCAAGGCCAUGCUCACUGCAAACUUGCGGCAGAACUUGCAGAUAGUGGUGCAGAUUGCCUCUAAAUAUCAUGAGCAGCUAACAACAAAUGCACUCAUUGAUCUGUUUGAGUCGUUCAAGUCGUUUGAGGGCCUUUUCUACUUCCUCGGCUCCAUUGUUAACUUCUCCCAAGAACCUGAAGUCCAUUUCAAGUACAUCCAAGCAGCAUGCAAGACAGGGCAAAUUAAAGAGGUGGAGAGAAUAUGCCGCGAGUCCAACUGCUACAGUCCUGAGCGUGUCAAGAACUUCCUGAAGGAGGCCAAGCUAACUGACCAACUGCCUCUCAUCAUUGUAUGUGACCGUUUCGACUUUGUCCACGAUCUGGUGCUUUACCUGUACCGCAACAACUUGCAGAAGUACAUUGAGAUUUAUGUACAGAAGGUGAAUCCAUCCCGUUUGCCUGUUGUUGUGGGCGGUCUGCUUGAUGUAGACUGUGCAGAGGACGUCAUCAAGCAGUUGAUCAUGGUGGUGCGUGGACAGUUCUCCACUGAGGAGCUGGUGGAGGAGGUGGAGAAAAGGAACCGCCUGAAAUUGCUGCUGACAUGGCUGGAAUCCCGCAUCCAUGAGGGCGUCACUGAGCCUGCCACUCACGAUGCCAUUGCCAAGAUCUACAUUGACUCCAAUAACAAUCCGGAGAGAUUCCUGAGGGAAAACCAGAACUAUGACAGUAAAGUUGUGGGGAAGUACUGUGAGAAGCGAGAUCCCCACCUUGCAUGCAUUGCCUACGAGCGUGGUCAGUGUGAUCGGGAACUCAUCAACGUGUGCAACGAGAACUCCCUCUUCAAGUCUGAGGCACGCUACUUGGUGAAGAGGCGCGACCCUGAACUGUGGGCCGAGGUGCUUCAGGAGACUAAUCAAUACAGGAGACAACUUAUUGAUCAGGUUGUCCAGACAGCUCUGUCAGAAACUCAGGAUCCAGAAGAUAUUUCUGUCACAGUGAAAGCCUUCAUGACUGCUGACUUGCCUAAUGAACUCAUUGAACUCCUGGAGAAGAUUGUGUUGGAUAACUCUGCCUUCAGUGAUCAUAGGAAUCUUCAGAACCUGCUGAUCUUGACAGCCAUCAAGGCCGACCACACUCGCGUCAUGGACUACAUCACUCGCCUUGACAACUAUGAUGCCCCAGACAUUGCAAACAUUGCCAUUGGGAACCAGCUGUACGAAGAAGCCUUUGCCAUCUUCAAGAAGUUUGAUGUCAACACGUCAGCCAUCCAGGUCUUGAUAGAACACAUAAACAACUUGGACAGAGCUUAUGAGUUUGCUGAGAGGUGCAACGAGAGUGCUGUGUGGAGCCAGCUGGCCAAGGCACAGCUGCAGCAGUCACUGGUGAAGGAAGCCAUUGACUCGUUCAUCAAGGCUGAUGACCCUACAGCUUACAUUGAUGUGGUGGACACUGCUCACAGGACAGGUCACUGGGAAGAUCUGGUGCGAUACCUGAUCAUGGCGCGCAGGAAAGCCCGUGAGUCGUAUGUGGAGAGUGAGCUGUGUUAUGCCUAUGCCAAGACAAACAGGUUAGCAGACCUUGAGGAGUUCAUUGCUGCCCCCAACCAUGCUGACAUUCAGAAGAUUGGUGACCGGUGCUUUGACGAUGGCAUGUUUGAUGCUGCCAAGUUGCUUUACAAUAAUGUCAGCAACUUUGCCCGUCUGGCCAUCACUCUUGUUCACCUCAAGGAAUUCCAGGGUGCUGUAGAGUCUGCCAGGAAAGCAAACAGCACGAGGACGUGGAAGGAGGUUUGCUUUGCGUGUGUGGAUAAUGAACAGUUCCGUCUCGCCCAAAACUGUGGUCUUCACAUUGUUGUUCAUGCCGACGAGCUGGAGGACCUCAUAAAUUACUACCAGGACCGUGGGUACUUCGAUGAGCUUAUCAACCUACUGGAGGCUGCGCUGGGGUUGGAGCGAGCACACAUGGGCAUGUUUACUGAGCUGGCCAUCCUCUACUCAAAGUACAAGCCUGGCAAGAUGAGGGAGCACCUGGAGCUCUUCUGGUCUCGGGUCAACAUUCCAAAAGUUUUGCGUGCUGCAGAACAAGCUCACCUGUGGUCAGAGCUGGUGUUCCUGUACGACAAGUAUGAGGAGUAUGACAAUGCCGUACUCACUAUGAUGGCCCACCCCACUGAGGCUUGGAGAGAGUCACACUUCAAGGAUGUCAUCACAAAGGUUGCUAACAUUGAGUUGUAUUAUAAAGCCAUCCAGUUUUACUUGGACUACAAACCCAUGCUAUUAAAUGACCUAUUGUUGGUGCUGUCGCCUAGAAUGGAUCACACCAGAGCAGUACACUUCUUCUCUAAGACCAAUCACUUGAAGCUGGUCAAGGGUUACCUAAGAUCUGUGCAGUCUCUCAACAACAAGGCCAUCAACGAGGCCCUUAACUCCCUUCUCAUUGAGGAGGAGGAUUACACGGGUCUAAGAACGUCAAUCGACGCUUUUGACCACUUUGAUAACAUUGCCCUUGCACAGUCCCUUGAGAAACACGACCUGAUAGAAUUCCGUCGCAUUGCUGCCUACCUGUACAAGGGGAACAACAGGUGGAAGCAGUCAGUAGAACUCUGUAAAAAGGAUAAGCUCUUCAAGGACGCCAUGGAGUAUGCAGCUGAGAGCAAAAACUCCGACACAGCUGAGGAGCUCCUGCAGUGGUUCCUGGAGAAUGGCAACCAUGACUGCUUCGCUGCCUGUCUCUUCCACUGCUAUGAUCUCCUCCACCCAGAUGUUAUUAUGGAGCUGGCUUGGAGACACAAUAUCAUGGACUUUGCCAUGCCUUACUUGAUUAAUGUAAUGAGAGAAUAUAUCACCAAGGUCAACAGGCUGGAGGAUGUUGAAAAGAAGAGGUCCGAGGAGAACGAGACAAAUGAGACAAAGCCCAUGAUGAACAUGAUUGGUGAGCCCCAGCUUAUGAUCACAGCUGGUCCAGGUGUGAUGGGCCCGGGCUACCCCAACGCUGGUUAUGCUAACAACAUUAACUACACUGCUGGCAUGCCAUCAUACCAAGGUUAUAGCAUGUAAACCCACUUUGGGAUUAUCCACCAGUAAAGACCUGUAUGAAGCAGCUUCAGGUUGGUUCAGUGUUAACCGUAGACUUGUUUAAGGCUUGUAACUAAUAACAGAGCCUACCAAAAUAUUCCAUAAGUUUGCCAGUUGUAAAAUAUACCAUGUUACAUAGCUAAUCCACAGGGAUGAUAUUGUCCAAAUUUUACCUCGGAUUCUGCAAGUGUUAAAUGGAGUAAAUGGGUGUGAAGUUGUUACCUAGUGAGGGCAAUAUGUAGCUUACUGUUGAGUAGUGUGUGAAUGGGAGAGAGUGAAUGUGUUGUAGAGGUAUACAGGUUAUUCAUGUGGCUGUCCCACAGAUGCAUCCUGUUUUCAUUGUCCUCCAGUGAGACAAACUCGUGGGGGUGUGGGGCAAGACAGGUUGCCUCGCAUGUUUUUGUUGAUGGAGCUGGUCUGAUGCUUUGGUGCAACUGCCAAGUAGAUCAACUCCGUGUUGUAUAUAUAUAGUUUAUCUGAUGAAGAUUUCUGCUAAAUGUGAUGUAGCAUCAUUUUGCCUGUUCCUCAUAUGAUUUGUAAUAGGUGUUGCUGUAGAGAAAGUUAAAUCUGUGAGGAUUGUGAUUUAGAGUAUGUAUAUAUAGAUUAAACAGGUGAUUGAUCAUAGCCAUAAUAAUCCUGGUGAAGACAUGUUAUACCCAGUUAACCGACCAAUUAGGUGUGCGAUUGAUUUGGGCUGAGGGAGAGGCAUAUGCUUGUCUACAUCAAACCAUUCCGGAAAUUCAACGAUUAGCAAAGCAGUAUACCAUUCCCCCACAAAGUCCAGGUCACAGUUGAAGGUGACGGAACUGAAGCUUUGUCCAUUGCGUGCCUUCGAGUAGCAAGUGAAAGAAGGCUUCAAAAAGACUGAUCAACGAGGUAACGCUUUCCAGAGGCCAAUUAUCUGUGUUCAGUGGUUGUUCAUUAGUAAGUAAUUGAAUUAAAUGAUUAAUUAGUGUGGCAAAACCAGGUUCUGCCCAAGAACAGCUUACCUUGUUGAGACUAACACUGGCUUGGUUCCAUCUAGACUGCCAUAAUGUCAGUAAAUUAAAGUAGUUAUUCUUGAUUUCUAUGGUUUUCUUGUGGUCUAGUAAGUUGCACAUCUUGUAUAUCUUUUUCAUCAUAAUUUUUAUUGUUACUUCAUUUUUAUUAUUGCUGACAUUAUUGUAAGUACUGUAGCCAGGGAUGGAAGGGUAGUAGCCAUACAUUGACCAUAAGAGUACUGAAAAAAUUACUAUUGGAGAAUGAACUCCAGAAUGUAUCUUCUCAAAUUUUUGUCCACUAUUAUUAUUAUAUUUUUGUUAAGUUUUUAAGAUAUGAAAUCUCCAUGGACAGAGUUUAAGCUUCAACAGUUAUAUUUAGUAUUGUAGUAACUAUUGAAAUUAAUUUUAAGUUAGAGCCUAUUGAGAGUUUAAUGUAUUUAUUAAUGGGAUUACUGGUUGCAUAUGCAUUGUCAUGGUGGUGAAGCCAAUCCAUCCUAGGCAAGGCUUCAGGGGAUCUAGCAAAAUCCCAGCAUUCAGUGGUUGACAAACUGUGCAUAUGUACUGUGGCCACAUGUCAGUUUAAAUAAACACCUCCCACAUGA